AUGUGUCAGCUUCCCUAUGUCUCAAGUUUUGCUAAAGCCUCAUCUCUCAUCCACCCUGUGAUGAAAGUGGCCCACAGGAUUAUUGCUUCACUUGUCAUCCCUAGAGAAGAAAGAAGCAUCAUUAGCGCCCUUGAGCUCAAAAUACUCUAUGAUAUGGCCCAGUCGGACGAUAAUCUCAUUCCUCACUAUGGCUCAUUCCUGUGUAACAAACUCAGCUGCCUUAGCACAUCAUGGUCCGGCAAAAUAUCUUGUGGUGACAUUGUCAGUUUAUUUGCCAAAAGCGCUCCAUUUCGGGCCCCAUACCCCGGAAUUCAUCAAUCUCUUCCCGGUGAGACCUACCUUAUCACGGGAAUCAUUGAGUCAAUGAGAAUGUUUCGGGUGGAGGACUGGAACCAUAAUUGGACCGUGGGUCAAAACCACGAUCCACGACUCCUCAUCACCCCAGAAAAUCGGGUAUCCUUUCCCUCAGGAGACCCAACAAUUUCACCGACCGGAAAAUCACACUGUAUCUCUUCCCCGAAUGCUUUUCCGAAGAGGAAGAAGAGGAAGAUGGAGAGAGUGCCGAGAGUGGCAGGGCGGACCCACAAAAUUCUCCUCACAGGGGUAGUGCCAACUCAUCCCAUCAGGCUAGACACUUAUCCUAUCACUAGCAAUAUAUGGAUCAAUUCCAAUCAAUCCAUACCCGCCUCGACACUUACAAUCAAGAUCUCGCAAGCCUGA